UUUUUUUCCUUCUCUCUGUCUUGGUUCUUUCUCUAGGGAGCUGUCGCAACGAGCGGGAGCGCGCCAAUGGAUUUUAGGUCUAGCGCGUGAGAGAGGAAGGCGAGCUCGCGCGGGCGCAAGGGCUUUGAAAUCUUGUGAUUGGAGCUGGAAUCCGGGCAAUCGGCGACGAGAUGGGAGGCGAUUCCAAGCAGGAGCCGGGGGUUUCCAAGCAGGUAGCGGACCCGCUGUUCGACGAGGAGGAGGAUUACGAGCCGUUUGAGGCGAUUCCGCCGCUCAAUCAGCCCCAGACGAUCAUCCGGCCCGAGGAUCUCACCCUCAAGCACCGGAUUGGCCGCGGCCCUUUCGGGGAUGUCUGGCUCGCCACGAUUCACAGCCAUCGCGAGGAAUUUGAUGAGUUCCACGAGGUGGCUGUGAAAAUGCUGCCCGCCAUCUCCGAGGAUCACAUCCGCGGCUUCACAAGUAAGCUCGAGAAAAUCUUUUCUAUCUCGCAAGGGGCUUCUUCCGUCACUUGGCCUAGGGGACUAACUAUGAAAAAUGGAAAGGCUUGCGUGAUCACCAAGUUUUUCGAGCUUUCAAUCGGCGACAAAAUGGCACGGCUGCCAGGAAAUUCUAUUCCUCUCGCGGAUGCUCUACGCUAUGGCGUCAACCUGGCUCAAGGUGUUUUGGACUUGCACUCUCGUGGAAUUACGGCUCUCAACCUUAAGCCUUUCAACUUCCUUCUGGACGAGCACGAUCAGGCUGUCUUGGGGGAGUUUGGCAUUCCAUUCCUUCUCAUGGACGCGAUAUCCAGCGAUGGUCCUCUCGUGUGGCUGGGAACUCCGAACUAUAUGGCCCCCGAGCAGUGGGAGCCCAAGCUGAGGGGACCGGUGUCUUACGAGACGGACUCGUGGGGGUUCGCUUGCAGCUUCAUAGAGAUGCUGACGGGAGUUAAGCCUUGGAACACCAUGUCGCCCAGUGAGAUCUUCCAUGCCGUCGUUGAAAAGGGGGACAAGCCUGUAGUUCCAAGCGGCCUGCCGAUAGCUCUCACGAGGAUGCUGACGAGCUGCCUGGCAUCCGAUCGCCGUGAUCGUCCAACGUUCACAGAGAUUAUGUCCGUGCUACGGAGUCCGAAUGUGCUUCUCAAGGAAGCGGACUGGGUGGUCGUUGCUGACAAGUCAUUCAAGCAAGGCUCAAAGAUUGGAGUUGUGAAGAAGAUGAAGGGACUGGAGUCUGCUCUGGUCCAGUUCUGUGAUAAGCCAGAGGAGCCCGUGGAGUAUACCGGACUUUUAAAGUGCAGCCCCUGGAGGAACGCCUUCCAAAUUGGAGACACGGUGAAGCUCAAGCCGUCCGUCGCCGUUCCGCGCUUUGCAUGGAACCAGCAGCAGGCAGAUGCUGAAGGCUCGGUGAUCGAGAUCGACAAGGACAACGCUGUUUUCCUGGUCAAGUUCCAGGACUCUGGAGAGACUUUCAAGGCCGAUCCAGCAGAGAUACAACAUGUCUGUGGCGGUAUCGUCGCCGGCGACUGGGUCCGUGUCCGCGAAGGCUGGUCGACUGAAGGAAGCGGACGAUCGCCAUCCAACGUGGGGAUAGUUCACAAGAUACUCAAGAACGGGCUCGUCCGUGCCGCGUUUCUGGGACUGGAGACGCUGUGGGAAGGACCACCAAACAAGCUGGUGAAGGCCUCUCCCUUCCAAGCCGGGCAGUUCGUGAGGCUCAAGAACGAGGUGGUGGAGCCGAGAUUCGAGUGGCCGGUGAAGAACAACCAUGGCUGGGAGACCGGCAAGAUAAGCCGUGUUCUUCCAAACGGCUCGCUGGUGGUGGACUUUCCGGGGCGGCUUUGGAACAGGAAAUGCUACUGGGCCGACGCGGAGGAAGUGGAGAUAGUCCGGCUCAACGAUUGCAACGGGGUUGUGCAGAAGUACGAGCAUCUCCAGGCGAUGCAUUGGGCGAUCGGGCCAGCGUUGUGCCUCCUGGGAUUUCUAGCUGCCGUGAGAGUUGGCGGGAUGGUGAUCCGACCGUUUAGAGGUGGUGGCGGCGGUGGUGGCGGUGGUGGCGGCGGCGGCGGCGGCGAUGGUGGCGAGAGGAAGAAGAGUAUGGAAGGAUCAUCGUCGUCUUCGCCAUCGUCAUCUGUCGCAGCUGCAAAUGCGGAACGCCAGAUCACUCAGUUCAUGGGGGAUUCGAAGGGAAAUUCCCUGUGGCUCCCUCCAGCUGUUGCAAGCUAUCUCUUCAAAGAAGGUGGAAACGCGAGCUCGUGAUCAAAAGCUAUCUGUACAGUGGAAGAUAUAAUCUCACAUACCUUUUAAACGAAAACUUCUUUCUUCAA